AUAUUAGGAAGAAACUCUAUGGUUUCUAUAGUUUUGUUUACAUGUAAUUCUAUACUUUGCUUUAAUUUCAAAUAACUAAAUAAGAAAAAGACUUUGAUUUAAUUAACAAAAUAAUAAUUCUAAUAAUAUUUAAGAUUUCAGGUAGUUGAUUCAUUAAUAUUCACGAAUUUUGACAAUGCCUGAAAUGUCAAAAACUAAUAUUUCAGAUCUUAAAUCAAAAGUUGAUACUCCUGUAGAGCUAGAAAGUCAAUUUAUUCUUCGAUUGCCAGAGGAACCAGCAAAAGUGUUAAGAGAAACAUUACAAAAUGGUAUAUCAUUAAAGGACAGAUUGGGUAUUAAGCUGGAACAUGAUAUGCGCUAUGGAGAAGUAAGGCUCGACCAUUGGUUGCUUCAUACAAAGGUAGUAGAUCUUCCUACUAUUGUUGAAUCAUUAAAAACAAUAGACAACAGAAGUUUCUAUAAAACGGCUGAUAUUUGCCAGAUGCUUAUUUGUAAAGAAGAAGAUGAUCAAACUACUACUGAUGAAGAAUCACCUGUUAGACAAAAGAAAAGAGACCCAAAUAAAGUUGAUAAAAAAUUUUUGUGGCCUCAUGGUGUAACUCCACCAACAAAAAAUGUAAGACGUAAGAGAUUCAGAAAGACAUUAAAAAAGAAGUAUGUUGAAGCUCCAGAAAUUGAAAAAGAAGUAAAACGUUUGCUUAGAGUUGACAAUGAAGCAGUUAACGUUAAAUGGGAGGUAAUAUGUGAAGAUGAAGAUCUGUCAAAACCAAGUAAAGUUUCUUCUAGUGGAACAGUGAAAAGUAAGAGAGAUAGUGCUGACGAAAAUAUGUCACAAAAUGUAGAUAUCGCUGAACAUGAUAUUUUCGGAGAGCCAGUAAGUGAUAGUGAAGAUGAAGAUGAAGAAGGAAACAUAAAUGUAUUGGAAUUUGAUGAAAACAGUCACAUGUCUGCAGAUAGUCGAGUUUCAGAUUCCAAUUCAAUGCAAGUCAGAUAUUCGGAACGAUCUGGAAAUACAGUAGUUUCCACAUCAAGUGGUUUAAUUACGGAAUUCAGUAAGGAAAUGUUUGUUCAUGCUCAUGAUGGUAAUGAAGAAAAACCAAGUAUUGAAGAAGAUAUCAAAGUUCCAAAGCUAGAAGCCUUCAAUACAGAAUAUAUAAUUCCUGAGAACGAAAAUUUUUCUCAAUCUCAAUCUAUAAGUAAAGACUCAUUACAAGCACGUUUGGAACAGCUUCAUGCGGAGCUAGCAGUACUACGUGAGCGUCGUUUGCAGCAAGAAUUUGAAAUUACAAGCAUUGAAAAUGUAAAACUGAGGCAAAGAUUUCAAGAAAUUUUGGAUAAUUUAUUGUCUCAGGAAAUGCAGAAAUUACAAGAGAUCCAAGAUUUAGAACCUGUAUGAAGCUGUUGGUUUAAGGAUAUUAUGAAGAUUGCACACUAAAUAAACUCUUAUGUUUCAUUGUAUCAUUAUUAUCAGUUGAAAUUUCUUGUAUUUAUUAAUUAACUUAGCCAUUUAUUCCUAAUUGAAUAAUACGUUGUAGCGAAAAUGUAAUGUCAGUCCAUAAAUCUGCAGAAGUAAUUUUAAAAAAAUUAUUUACUUUGAAACAGGAAAUUUUAUAUAUAAUACGGUUGCGGAAAUUCGGCGACGCAGCCGGGUCCAAAUUUAUUUGUUUAAUAAAGACUUCAAUGUGCACGUUUCUUA